AUGGACACGUUUGAAGAGAUAAAUGACCCGUCUGGAGAAGAGCACAGCUUAUCUCCCAGUGCUUUGACAGAAGAGGAGCUGAAUGAGGCCAGGAGGAAAAACACGCGCAAGCAGUUUUUUAUUUCCAAUAAAAUCUUCCUGGCACCUGUAGACGAACGUCCCCAAAGACCAGAACUAAAGGGAAGCUUCAUCAUUCAGAGCAAGGCUGCAGAGCAUUACACAAAUGGAAAAGAGGCAAUGGGAAAGUGCCAGUAUGAGAAGGCUGUGAUCUGCUUGUCCAAAGCCAUCACACUGCAGCCAGAACAGACACAGCUGUAUGUGAGCCAGGCCGAGGCCUACCUGCAGCUGUGUGACUUCCAGUCAGCAGCAGCCUGUUAUAAACGGGCCUGGCUCCAGGAGCCCGGAGCCUUCAGCGCCUGUUUGGCUGCUAUUUACUAUCUCCAGGGUCAGUGUUUGUUUGACGGAGGCCUUUUCCUGGAGGCUCUGGAGGCCUUCAACAAAGCUGCUGAGGUGAAUCCUGGUUGCAGGGCCUACAAGGUCAGAAGCCUGGUCUGUAUGACAGCUGCAGGUCACCACUCUGACUGUCUGAAGCUGGUGAAUGACUGGAUGGUGUCAGAUGGUCCCACCUCAGACCUUUAUGUCCUCAGAGCCCAAACGCACAAACAGCUCAAACAGACAUCACAAUGUUAUCAAGAUGUGAAGUCGGCGUUGGCGUUGAGCCCAGUGUGUCCGGAGGCUGGAGUCCUGCUGCUGCAGCUGCAGGAAGCCAGUGAAAAGGCCAGACAAAAGGCCUUGGACCGAACUUUAACUGGCCAGCUGCCUGAAGCACUCUGCAUGAUCAAUAUCGCUCUGGAGAACUGCCCGCAGGACGGACGCCUUUACCUGUUCAGAGGAACUCUGUAUCGACUCCUGAAAGACUUCACAGCAGCCAUAGAGGAUCUGGUCCAGGCUGUGGAGCUGAGCAAGGAGGAAGAGGGGAAGGAUAGAGGCCAGGCAGAGGGCAGAGAUGAGAAGGAUGAGUGUGACUCUGUGCAAGAGGAGGCGCAGUUUCAGCUUGUCCUCACCUACAAUGAUUUUGCUGUUCAGUGCUUCAACAGAGGCCUCUAUGCUGAGGCGACUCUGCUUCUCAAUAAGGCCAUCGAGGAGGAGAAGGGCCAGGCGGGCCUGUACCUGAACCGAGGAGACUGUUUUUUUAAGCAGGGUGAUUGGUGUUAUGCUCUGGCUGACUACCAGCAGGCUGAGGAGAUGAUGCGGCCUGAUGACCCUGCUGUCCGGCUCCGCCUCGCUGUCCUCCACAACACACUGGGCUCGUUCUGCAUCCAGGAUGGGCAUUUCCAGGAGGCAGCUGACAUGUUUUCUCUGGCCAUCCAGUACAACCCCACAGCCAGUCACUACUAUGAGAGCAGAUCAAAGGUCUUCCGAAAGCUCCUGAACUUGAAGGCUGCCAGACAGGACUUCAUCUGCAUGCAGGUCUUGGAUCCGACCAACGAGGAGCUGCCUCCCAUGCUCAUGAGUCUGUUCCCUGGCUGCAGCUUGUCCGAUGUUUUGUCCAGUCCAGCAGGGCAAGCAGUCAGAGUUCAGCUGAUGGACACCAUCCAGGCCUGCACCUCCUCCUCCAAUCAAGAAAGACUAAGUGAGAAGCUCCAGAAGAUGACUCUGACCAGCCAGUCAGAAGAGCCAUCUGAAGCAGGAAAGGAGCUGAAGUUGAGUGUAAACCAAGAGGAGAUGGAGAUAAUCACAAAGGGCCCUCUGCAGGUUAAGAAAGCGGUUUCUAUCAUUACUCCGUGACCAUCCAAAUGUGCACCACACUGGGCCAUGCCUCACCAUACACCACCCGCCGCCACCAUUUACACAGUGGAACACGACCAGUCCACCUUUACAUGAGAGAAGGUUGUACGACAACAAGAGCUUUGAGAUGUUCUGAGAAUCCUGUCUCAGAAGCGAUCGUGGAAUUACACUCAGUGGGGACAAUUAAAUUAUAAAUGUUGU